AUUCUUUCUCAUUUUUCAAGACAUAGCCAAGGAACAGGCCAGGAAACAAGCGUUAACGUGGAGGCAAAAUGGCGGCAGACAGUUUCACAGAAGCUAUGCACCGGCUGAAGGAGAUCCAUGACAAAGAGGUGCUAGGAAUGCAGGCCAAACUUACAGAGCUAACGUUAGAAAAAUGCAGAGAUGCACAGAGGAUUGAAGAGCUGUUUUCCAAAAACCACAUACUUCGAGAACAGCAUAAGGUGCUCAACGAGAACAUCAAAGUUUUGGAAAACAGACUGAGAGCCGGACUAUGCGACAGAUGUACUGUAACACAAGAACUUGCAAAGAAAAAGCAGCAGGAGUUUGAAAAAGCUCAUUUCCACAACCUGCAGCAAAUAUCCUCGCUCACCGGUGAAAUGAAGAGUUUGAGGGAAGAGAACAGAUCCCUUCUUGAGGAACUGAAAAAGCUAAAUGGUUUGGAUGAAAAGAACACACACCCCAAAACCUCAACUCCUGAACCAAGCCUUGACUCCGACUCGCCUCACUCUCAAACCUCAUCUGUGGGCCAGAAAAACGGUUUAGAAAAAACAAAGAAAGAUGUGGAGCCCCAGGAAAAUCUGUCUGAUGGUCAGGUGGAAGAAGAAAAAUGCAGAGCUAACCAGAGGCUCUCCCCAGGAAUAAAAACGUUUCAAGCAGCUAGCAAUGACGUUCGCCACCUUGAGAUGUGCUCGUCACCAACACAGAAGGUCUUAUUGGGCUCACAGAACCAGCAGAGAAUCUCCAACCAACUUCACGGGACCAUUGCUGUGCUGAGGUCCAAAGGUGGCCAGUCAGGUACCGGAUCAUCACCUGCUCACAACAAAAGAACCUCUACCAAUGAACAGUAUGCCAAAGGAAGCUCCAGUCACUACUAUGAUGCUUCUACACAUCUCGAGUCACUAAAUCAGGCCACCCCAGAGGAGAGGUUUUGUCUUCUUGGUCAGCGCUUAGCACAGAGACAUCUUGGUGAACGCGGUCCUGCAGUCUUUGCAGAUGGAACUGGUCCGAAUUUACUGGCUAAAAAUCAUGAGGCUAUUUUGGAAAGGAAACAAACCCAGGAUGAUUGGGAGGACAGAGUGGCAAUGGUGGAGCUUCGUGACGCACUACUGUACAUGAGGGAGCAUGGAUACAGGGGGAGAAUGGUUCACCCCAACCAUAGAGACAGGCUCCAGUUCUUCCUAACCAGGCAGCACCAAGGACAGAGGUCACAAGAUGAGGCACAGAGGUCUCAACAAAGAGACAGUCUGGAUGAAAGGGAGCUGUCUCUUCUACAAGUCCUGAGCGCCCAUUGGAAGAAUAGUAAGUUCCAAGAUCAGACAGAGGAGCAAGACUGGGACAAGAAAGACACAUAUGUUGAGACAGAGCAAAGAGAACAAGAUGAGGAAAGCACUCCAGACAUACCCCUUGAUCUGUCUGAUACCAAACGUGUGCAACCCAGCCACAUUUCUGAUAACAUGAGAGAAAACAGAGGGAAGUCUGAAAUAUACAGCGCAAGAACAGCCUUCAGGAAUAACUCAAUUUCUCCCACUGGGACCCUAUGUACAGAUACGGGACAGGCAAGCAGACAGGAUGAUGUCAGAUCGGCAGCCAACAUUCUUGUAAAUGAGCUUGGUAGAGAGAGCAGGACCUGCUCUGACAGACAAGACUUCCAAGACACGGGCAGAGAUGCUAACCCUUUCUUGGAAAAGAAUGAUGACAGCAAAAGACCACCAAAAGGACAGAAGAGAGACAGAGAAAUUGAAGCAGAAGAGUCAGAUCAAGCACAGUCUCCAGAGGAGGAGGAAGACACUGGCACAUCCUGCAGCGAGACAGAAGUAGAUUCCCAGAAAGCUCAGUCUGAGACGCCUCACGAAAUCUCUACUAACGACAAGAUACGGGAGAAGAAUAAGCAGAGAAAGGUGAUGUCUCAAGUCUCCAAGAAACCAGUGAAAAGAAAGAAGACACUUCUUGGAGCAGAAAGUGACAGGUGCCAGGAUGACAAAGAAGAAAAGAUCACUACAUGAAUCCAACAGUCAGAUGCAUGUUAAAAACAAAACUUUUCAGUUUCCAUAUUUAUUUUAGAUGCUGACUUUUUGCUAGCAUGUCAAAGUCUAUAUUGUAAAUACCAACAGUGCCACAAGAAGUAGACAUAUCUGACACACAUUCUGUUUAUGCUGAUCACACAGUGAGUGUGGCAUUUUGUUUUCCCCAUGUUACAGGCUGUAUAAUAUGACACAUACCACGAGUAUCUGAAAUGUUCCCUCAAUGCUCUUUCUUUGAAAAAAAAAUAACAAAAUAAAAAAGCACUUACAUUUCACAGCUGUAACACAUUGCGUUUGGUAAAAGGUGCUAAAAAUUAAUGUAUUUUCACUCCUUUAAGAGACUUUGUCAAUGUGUGUAAAAAAAAGCCAGAAUUAAAGAGAAAACCACUACAAAUUUAUGUAUUUUGAGAUUGUAAGCUUCUUUGCGCAGGGUUUAAAACCCAAACCAUUUUAUGAUGCAUUCUUAUGUCUUGUUUAACCAUUGUACAGCGCUGUGGAAUUUGAGGGCACUAUAUACAUCAAUAAAUAACGAUUUCCUAAAUACUAA